GGGAUUAAAAAUGAAAACUGAACUAGUUCCAAAGAUAUUGGGAACGAAACUGAGAAAGGUAAAGAUGGUGUUUAGGUAGAGACUACAAAAAUGGCGUCGAAGGCUUCUUCCUCUGCUUCUCAAACCCAAACACUCUCUUCAAUUUCCGACCAAAAGGAGUUUCCUCAACAUGUUUCUAUGACCCGCACUUGGCUUAACAAAUUGGGCAUCGACAAACCCAUUCCUCAGAGUUGCGAAACCCGCGGCUUCUACUCCCACUUCUUUGGAAGCUUCAUCAAACUCAACGAUAUCAAGAGGGGACGAAUCUCUUGCACUAUUGCUGUCAAACCCCAAAUCAUUAAUGCUUUUGGAACACUGCAUGGGGGAUCUCUUUUGUCUUUGAUUGAGUUGCUGUCUAUUGCUUGUGCUAGAACUGUUAUUGCUGAGGACAAGGAACUUUUUCUUGGGGAAAUUAGAGCGUCUUACCUCUCUGCAGCUCUAAAUCAUUCAGAAGUUCUAGCUGAAGCCUCUGUGGUGAAGAGUGGAAGAAAUGUGACCAUGGUUGCAUUAGAGUUUAAGCUGAAGAAGACUGGGAAUUUGAUGUAUAUUGCUCAUACCACCUUCUAUAACAUCCCGGUUGCCAAGUUAUGAACAUACAUUGCUUUCUGGUUAUUUUAUUGUUCAUUCGGAUUCAUAAUUUCUACAAGUGUUGUACUCUGUUAAUAAUGUUAUGAUUGUUGCCUUAUCCUUUAUAUUGAA